CUCAGUAGCCUGCACGACUUCGCGUUGUGCGGACAUACGAGUACAUACUCGAACGUGAUCGUAACACUUAUUCGUAACAAAUAAAAAGAAAAAAAAAAAAAAAGGAAAAAAAGAAGAAAAAAAACAGAAAAGAAAAAAAAAAGAAAAAAUAACUGAACUUUUACGACGAGAACUACUAUUCUCGACCGAGAACGCGAUCUUCGUGGUGGAUUACGUGGCAUCGAUCGACUCGAUCAUAUCGAUCUUUUUUUUAAUUAAUUACUACUUCAGCAAUUUGAAGUAAUAUAUAAAUAUAUAUAUAUAUAUUACUUUACAAUCCUCGUAUAUCCAUCUUGGAAGAAUCUUAGUCUCGAAUUUAUUUUUCAAAAAUAUCAACGAUCAAUUUUAUUUCAACGCGAAACAUUACAGAACGUGAGUGAACUUUAUGGAAUGCGUUGAAGAUUAUGAAAGGAGAAUCGAUUAUUGAGAAUGAUAAUACAACUCGAUCGAAUUGAGAUAUAAGAUUAUUCGUUAAUUUUAUUCAUGAACUGUUGACGAACAAAAAAUACGAAGUACGAGGGUACUAAAAAAAGAAAGAGCAAAAAAAAAAGAAAAAAAGAAAGAAAGAAAAAAGGAAGAACGAAGACAAUGAUGUUGAUCAAGAGUUUCUUUCGGCGUAUUGCCAAAGAUUUUCGGCACAAAGAAUUGCUACCUCUCAAAUUGAUAUUUUUCGUUCAGGCGUCGACGCUCUACGUACUUUAUCCUUAUCUGACGAUUCACAUGAGAGAAUUAGGUAUAAAUGUAGAAGAAACAGCCAUAAUGAGUGCCGUUACACCUAUCGCAGCUAUAGUGAUGCCACCAUUGGCUGGGAUGUUUGCCGAUCGAGUUGGAAAUUUUCGGAUAUUAUUAUCAUUCUUUUCUUCUCUUGGCGGUGUAGCAGCGUUACUUCUCUUACUCGUUCCAAUAGGCAGAGUUACAGUCGAAUUUCCAGAGAGAGUUAUAAUGGACGCGAGUUGUGCAAGUAAAAAUGGCGAGCUCAUAUAUUCGAUGAGUCAAAGUCACCCUUGCGAAACGGAUUUGAGCUCAGAGAUUGCUACAAAGAUAGAGAGCUGUGGGUAUGCCUGUCACAUAGACGAACAGAAUGAAACCAAUUCGCAAGCCCUAUUAACUUCGAGAUUGUAUACGAUUAUGAGUUACGAUUUUAAAAUGGGUGCCAAUGAUUCGUUCAAGUAUACUGCCUCUUUGAAUAACAUCCCACAGGACAUCGGUCAAAUACAGGACAUGAGAAUAAAUCGUAAAUUGAAAAACAAUGAAUUCUUUAAAACGUCGGUUCGUCGUUUGUCAAAGAACACUUAUUUCUUCCCAACAAAUUCACUUUACGAAUUCUCUUGCAGUCCGUCGACUUUUCUCGAAAAUUUUGACUCCGUCAAAGUUUACGAAAAUCGAACCCUAUGUACUUUCGGACAAUUCAUUGAUUCGUCCAAUGAGAAAAUCGAUCGAACUAUGAACAGACAAUCCUAUUUAUCGAAAUUAAAUAAAUUGGAAACGACGGAGGAGGACAUAGAAGAGGAACGACAAAAAUUUCUCGCAGAGAAAGUAUCCUGGAAUGGUGAAAUUUUUGAGAAAGUAAUUUGUAAAAAUUUUAACGAAGAUGAUCAAACGAUCGUUGUAAAAGUUCCACUCCUUGAUUAUGCCCAAAGUCCAGAACCAUAUCAAAUACUCGAUAUUGAGAAUUGUGUUAAAAAAUGUAUCGUUACAAUGCCCCGAAAGGAUGUAUGUUUGAACAUGGAUAUGCAAGUCGAGUAUAACAUUACAUUGACGUUCUGGUUAUACCUGGUGAUUAGAGUAUUUAUUGGAAUCAUCGGUGGAACCACCUUCGCCAUGUUCGAAGGUGCAGUUAUUGCAAUAUUGAGAGAACAGGAGGCGGAUUACGGUCUUCAAAGAAUUUACGGAAGUAUCGGUGGUAUGAUUUCGUCUCCGUUGUCUGGUCUUUUGAUAGAUUAUGCCAGUAGGGAUAAAGGAUACACGGACUUUAGACCAGCAUUUUAUUUAUACGCCGCAUUGAAAUUGAUAUCGGGUUUCCUUAUGUUAGCUAUUAAUUUGGAAUUCAAAUCACCUGCAACUAAUGUUGUCAGUGACGUUCUCACAGUUCUUAAGAACGUCGAAGUGGUCGCUCUUUUCAUAGCAUGUUUUAUUCUCGGCACCGCCUGGGGAUACAUCGAGUCUUUCCUCUUUUGGUUGAUCCAGGAUUUAGGAGGUUCCAGAUCACUCAUGGGAAUUACUAUAACGGUCGGUGGUAUAGCAGGAAUUCCUUUGCUCGUUCUUUCUGGACCAAUCAUAUCGAAGAUCGGCCAUGCUAAUGUCCUUUUCAUCGGUUUUAUUUUUUAUGCUGUCAGGCUUUGUGGUUACUCUUUGAUUUACAAUCCUUGGCUUACAUUGAUCUUCGAGGCUCUCGAAUCAGUUACAUCGUCUCUCAGUUUUACGGCAGCUGUUACUUACGCAGCAAAAUUAUCUACCUCUACAACGGACACCUCGAUACAGGGAUUACUCGGUGGACUUUAUUAUGGAGUUGGUAAAGGUUCUGGUAGUUUGGUCGGUGGUUAUCUGAUGAAAGCAUUCGGUACCAGACCAACGUAUCAGAUCUUCGCUGUGAUCUCCUUAGUGACCGGUUUAAUAUACUUCUUCUUCAAUGCGUUGUAUUUGAAGAAAAGGCCUCAAGUCGAAGGGAACGACAUUGUAAAGAAAAAACCAAAGACGAUGAUGGAGAAUCAGAAUGGUCUUGAUCGUGGUAUCGUUGAGAUCGCUUUGGACGAAAAGAAUCAGCAUCGAACGGACAAUGAAAAGGAGAAGAAAUCGAUCGAUGCGCUUGGAAUCGACAACGAGAAUUUUGUCAUGGAAAAGGAUAUCUCCCCGAAGGAUCUCGAGGCUAUUAAAAAUGCGAAAAAUCUCGAGGCUAUUGAGAAAUCAUCGAUUACGACUAAUCAAGAGAAAAUCGAGGGACAAAAUGGAUUGGUUAAUCCUAAUUUUAUAGAGGGCCAAGAGGAUGAGGAUUGUAAUAUUACGAUAGAGAUACGACCGGACAUUUAAAAUAUAUAUAAGUUCCUUUUGAAGAUCUCUGAAUAAUUUACGAAGAAGGAAAGA